CGGCAUCGUGGUCUUCCCCAGCCCGAUGGCACCAGCGCACCCUUGGAGAUCGUGAUGCUGGACAAGGUGCCCACUGGCUUCCCCGGUGUGGUCCAGCUGCUGGAUUGGCUUGAGCUCCCCAAUGACAUCUUGAUGGUGCUGGAGCGCAUGGAGUGGUCUCAGGACCUGCACCAUUUAAUUCGGGCACAGGGGUUCCUGUCCGAGGAGGAGGCGCGGGAGCUGUUCCACCAGGUGCUGCAGGCCGUGUGGCACUGCACCAGCUCCGGGGUCCUGCACAGGGACAUCAGGCCAGGGAACAUCCUGGUUGACCUGGACACCAGGCAGGCCAAAUUGAUUGACUUUGGCUGUGGCACCUACCUGCAAGACACAGCCUACACUCACUUUGCAGGUGAGCCUAUGCAGGGGUGUGCUCCUGUUUCCUGACAUCUCAUGGCCCAACAUCUCACAGCCCAAGCUGGGUGUGGC